AUGGUCUCGCGACCUGUCUCUAACUUCUCUAGGUCGCCCAACUCCCCCUCCCCUUCUACCGACUAUCACCACCAAUCUGCGACCAUCACCGAGGCUCUCCGCAACCAUCCCUUUGGAAUGACAUUACGAUCGCGUUCUGUUGCAGCCCUGACCACCCUAUCCGAUAAUAAGAACAAAGUCAAAGACCAAGAAGAGCUCAAUACCGCGCUGGAGACACUGGCCCGAAUCUUCCCCGACGUGAAGAUUGAAGUGUUUCGGGAACUGCUGAUCCGUUUCGAUGGACUCAGCCGGCUUGAGGUGUGCGUGGAUCAGUUGCUGAGAUAUAAGGAAAAAUGGGUUGCAGGGCGAUGGAACGUCCCGGAGGGCACCACAGAGGGCCGAGAUGAGGCCGUCGUUCCUUCCUCGCAAGGGGAAAACGAGCAAUGGGUCCCUCGGAGCGAGCAGUUCCGGAGCGAUGACUACAAACGAUCGGUGAAAGCGCUUCUGGUGAAGGAAUUCAGCAGCCUAAACAAGAGCGUGGUGGACGCUGUGCUGGCGGAAGCGAACUUCUGUUACAUGCGAGCGCGGCCGAUUCUGCGUGACCUGUCGAGCCGGACGUGGCGGGCGACAUUCAACAACAUCCUCCCUUUUAGAAAUAAGAAGGACAAGAACGACCACCCUCUGGUUCUCUGGAAGCGCCAGGUGGGUGACGAGCCGACUCCGACGCUCAAAGAUACCGGUUGCCAGGAGCUGAAUCGAGAACUACACGAGGCUAUAUUGGCGCCACUGCUCCAAUUGAGACGAGAAGAACAGGAAGCAAGAGACCUUCGGCUGGCGGAGGAGCUGAAUGAAAAAGAGGCCAUGGCGACCGAGACGGUUUACGAGUGCGAAUGUUGCCUGGUGGAUGCUCCGUUCGAGCGGAUCUCUACUUGCUCCCACAACAUGCAUGUCAUCUGCUACAGUUGUAUCCAGCGGACAGUACAAGAGGCAGUCUUUGGUCAAGGCUGGGGGAAAUCCGUGGACGUUGAGAGAGCGACUCUGAAAUGCUUGGCACCGUUUGGUCAUGAACCUUGUAAUGGCAGCUUGAACUCGGAGAUCGUUAAACAAGCCAUCCUUCUAGAUAAGGCCGGAGGCGAGACCUACUUGAAGUUUGAAGGCCGGCUUGCUUCGGAGGCUCUCCUUAAGUCCCAGUUAAAAAUCAUCCGCUGCCCAUUUUGCUCUUACGCGGAGGUUGACUCGGCCUACCACCCUUCGUCAAGAGGGAUCAGGUGGCGCUUUCGCCGUGAGGGCCUUGCUAAGACGAUUUUCAGGACCAUAAUAUUAUUGGAUUUGGUUCUUUUACUUGUCAUUCCGGUGAUCCUCGUCUAUAUUCUAGAUCCAUCCCUUGUUCCCCGCAUUUUAUGCCAUUCGCUGCUGAAUCUCUGCCUGAAAUUUCGUCCCAAAAAGUUCAAAUGCGCGAAUCCGGGCUGCGCCCGAACCAGCUGCAUCACCUGCCAGAUGACUUGGCGUGAUCCACAUGUGUGCUACGAGCCACUGCUGCUAGAUCUGCGAGCUACUGUUGAAGCUGCUCGGACAGCCGCCGUGAAGCGUAUCUGUCCUCGGUGUGGUCUGUCGUUUGUCAAAUCUUCAGGCUGCAAUAAGUUGACCUGCGUGUGUGGGUAUUCCAUGUGUUAUCUUUGUCGCAAGGGACUUGGUUCUCCACUGGAUACUGCCCUAGACCGUGCUCGACGACACCAAGAGAAUGUCUUUCCGGUGGGACCAGUGUGGCCGAGGCUCGAGGUGGACAAUGAUGGUUUCGAUGCGGAUGAAGGAGAGGCGGAAGUGCUGGGGGGAUAUAGGCAUUUCUGUGAGCAUUUCCGCCUUACUCCAGGAUCUCGCUGUUCGGAGUGCAACAAGUGCGAACUGUACCAGGAUGUGGAUGAGGAGGCAGUAGCACGUAGUGCCGGCGAGAAAGCGGAGCGCGAAUGGAACAUGCGCCAAGGUGUUGCUGGACAAGACGCUGGCACAUUGCAGGUCAACAAUGACUUCACAAUGGCAAAUGGCCGGGAGCGGAUGCGACUGGGCGGGAAGGGCUGCAGCUACUGGCUGAAUGAAGUGUGGCAUGAAGAUCGAUGGAAAAAGGAAGGACAGGCCUUGGUGGACUGGGCCAUGGAGCAAGCAAUUAUCAUUGAGGAUAAUUGA